GAACAGAGCUAGUCGAGUUGGGCGCCAGAGCUCCGCGUGGUCAGUUGGAUAGUUGGUGUGACGGUAACAAGAAAGAGGAAGGAUCCAUAAGCCAAGAUAUAAAGAACAAUGGCACUCUUCCGUUUCACUCCCAAACGUUGUUUGGAAGUUCAGAAAAUAACAUCGACCGUAUUUGUGAGAUCAUUGAGUGAUGCCUCCACCGAUUUAAAGAAGAUUCUGGCUGAGAAAUUACCGAAGGAACAGGAACGGAUCAAGGAGUUCCGUAAACAAUUUGGAUCCACGAAAGUGGGAGAGGUCACAGUAGACAUGAUGUAUGGUGGCAUGCGUGGAAUUAAAGGACUUAUAUGGGAACCAUCAGUUCUGGAUCCUGAGGAAGGUAUUAGGUUCAGAGGAAAAUCAAUUCCAGAAUGUCAGAAAAUUUUACCCAAAGCUGAAGGUGGUGAUGAACCGCUUCCGGAAGGUUUGUUCUGGCUUUUGAUUACCGGCGAUGUUCCUACGAAAGAACAAGUACAAGCAAUUUCUCAAGAAUGGGCGUGCAGAAGUGCAUUACCUGAGCAUGUAACUAAAGCCCUGAACAAUUUCCCGAAAACUUUGCAUCCCAUGACACAAUUCUCCGCCGCCAUCACUCUUUUAAACAGCGAGAGUGAAUUCGUUAAAGCAUACACGAAAGGUGUACACAAAGGAAAAUAUUGGGAAAGCACUUACGAAGAUACAAUGAAUCUGAUUGCCAAAUUACCUGUAGUCGCAGCUACGAUAUACAGAAAUAUUUACAAGGGUGGUAAAGGCGUAGGAUCCGUUGAUCCGUGCAAAGAUUGGUCUUGGAAUUUCUCAACCAUGCUUGGAUACGAUAACCCACAAUUCAUCGAACUGAUGCGCUUAUACCUAACGAUACACUCUGACCACGAAGGUGGAAACGUAUCUGCACACACUACUCACUUAGUAGGUUCUGCAUUGUCCGACGCUUAUUUGUCCUUCGCGGCUGGUAUGAAUGGUCUAGCUGGCCCUCUUCAUGGCCUUGCAAAUCAAGAAGUGUUGAUAUGGUUAGAAAAGCUGCGCGGUGAGCUUGGAGACAGCCCUAGUGACGAAAAAAUGAAGGACUUUAUUUGGAACACACUGAAGAGCGGACAAGUCGUUCCUGGAUAUGGACAUGCUGUACUCAGAAAAACUGAUCCUAGGUAUACAUGCCAGAGAGAAUUCGCGUUGAAACACUUACCAGAUGACAAAUUAUUCAAGCUCGUUUCUCAAGUAUAUAAAGUAGUUCCUCCCAUUCUUUUGGAAACUGGUAAAGUAAAGAAUCCAUGGCCAAAUGUAGAUGCCCAUUCAGGAGUUCUGUUGCAGUACUAUGGAAUGAAAGAAAUGAAUUAUUACACCGUUCUUUUCGGAGUAUCUCGUGCCCUUGGUGUCUUAUCGUCCCUUGUUUGGGCUCGUGGUCUCGGUUUCCCAAUUGAAAGGCCCAAGUCUUUAAGUUCCGAGCUUCUGAUGAGAUGCGUUAGAGCUUAAACAUCUUUAUUUAUCAAAAAUCAAGAUCAUUGAAACCUUCUAAGUUCGUGUCACACCAUUAUCAUGACCUCAAAAAUAAAAUAAAAAACUGACCGUUUUUUAUCAUAUUAAAGAUAUUAAUACACAGAAAAGUAUAAUCUUUUCGGACCUCUUUUCAAAUUCAUUGUAAUAUGACUUUAAACCAAUCGUUUUAAUUGUUGUGCCUUCUUAGAAAGACGAGAGAUUAAAUAUUGGAACAAUAAAUAAUCGCCUCAUGUAACGAAUGUAAACUUUUUAAGAAGAGGUUUCGCAGUUUAUUAUAUUUAAAAAUUUUCUUUUACACUUAUUAAUAAUAUUUCCGUCUAUGUAUUUUCUGUUAAAAACAAAUUUCAUAAAAAUGAGAUAAGGAUUUUGCGAUAUAAAACAAAGUACGAAAAAUAUGAAUUCAUCCGAUAUACAUAAUUUUAACUGCCAUGCCCUUUUAAAAAAAACCCUAAUAUACGCAUUAACAAUAGGUAAGAUAAAUUGUAAAUAUAUUUGUCGCUUUAUGUUUAACUUAAAUGGCGACAAUUUUAGAAAUAAAAAUGAUAAAUUCAUUGUAAUAAAAGUUAGUAAAUCAUCAAGAUAUUCACUGAAAAUAGUGAACAUUUCAAAUACCGUAAAUUGAACAGACACUGCCAAAAAAAAUAUCAAAAAUUUUAGAAUAUGAUUCAAUCAUAAUAAGUAUCUUUAUUGUUCUUGUACCGAUGAAAGAACAUCGUGUGGUUAUUAAAAAUCGUUUUACCGGCAGAAAUUUGUUAAAUAUAAUUGUUCUUAGUAUAUGAAAUAGAAAAUAAAUAGGGCUAAUAAAACAUGUAAAAAUUGUUGCAGUGUUAGUGCAUCAGUUGUUGAUUUUAGAUUCUUUAAAAACAUAAAUAUAGCUCCAUUGCAUCGAGCUAUUUCGGUUAUCAUAAAUUUAAAAAAAAAAAAAAAUACCAGUGGUAGAUCCACUGUUACGAGAAUGAGUGAGUGUGUGCGAUACGUUAUUUAUAACGAACGUGAAAAUAAAAAAACCUUUUAAAAAUUA